AUGAAAACACCGUACUUUUUUGUUUUCUUCUUCUUCUUCUUCUUUUUAGGAAUAUCAGCAUAUCCAGGCAUAAAAAGACAACACUAUCCAUGCAAAAACUUAGUUUUAUAUUUUCAUGACGUUAUCUAUAAUGGCCAGAAUGCUGCUAAUGCAACUUCUGCUAUUGUAGGCGCACCCCAAUGGGGAAACCUCACAAUAUUAGCAGACAAGUUUCAUUUUGGGAAUAUAGCAGUUUUUGACGAUCCAAUCACAUUAGAUAACAAUUUUCAUUCUGUUCCAGUAGGUCGGGCUCAAGGGAUGUAUUUUUAUGACACCAAGAACACAUUUACUGCUUGGCUAGGGUUUUCCUUUGUGUUGAAUAGUGCACAACAUAAAGGAACCAUAAACUUCAUUGGGGCUGAUCCGAUUAUGGUGAAGAGUAGGGAUAUAUCGGUGGUUGGUGGGACUGGAGAUUUCUUCAUGCAUCGGGGAAUUGCAACUAUUAUGACUGAUUCUUACGAAGGGGAUGUGUACUUCAGGCUUCGUGUUGAUAUCAAGUUUUAUGAAUGUUGGUGA